AUGAAGUCUGCUAUCGCUUUAUCCACUCUCUCCCUGCUCGCUGGAGCGGAGGCCGCCGAGACCGUCCUGGGAGCUUACAUCUUCCACCGCCAUGGUGACCGUACACCCAAGGCUCUUGCCCCUACUAACCUGACCACGCUCGGUUACGAGGAGGUCUACCGCUCUGGCCAAUACUACAACUCUCGCUACAUCACAGGCACCAACAAGAUCAAGGGCAUCAACCAGGACAUUGUCAAGCUGUCCCAGCUGUCUGUCAGCUCCCCCGUCGACAAUGUCCUCCAGAACUCUGCGAUGGGUUUCCUGCAGGGUCUCUACCCUCCCGUCCAGACCGUCCAGACGCUCGGCAACGGUUCCGAUGUCUCUGCACCGCUGAGUGGGUAUCAGCUCAUUCCUGUCAACACCAUCGCGACUGGCGCUGGCUCUGAGGACGCUGGCUGGCUGCAGGACGCUUCAAGCUGUGCCAAUGCGAAGACCAGCUCCAACAACUACUUCGACAGCAGCGAGUACCAGAAAACCCUUGCGGCCACCAAGGACUUCUACAACUCGCUUGUACCUGUCGUCAACGAAACCUUGACAGCUGAUCAGGUCUCGUUCAAGAACGCCUAUGUCGUCUACGAUCUUAUCAACGUCGCGGAGAUCCACAACUCGUCCAUCCCCUCCUCAGAUGUCCUCACAAACGAGACCCUCCACCAGCUGCUCACCCUGGCCAAUGAACACGAGUACGGUCUCGCAUACAAUGCUUCCGACAACAUGCGCGCCAUCGCCGGCAUGCAGCUCGCUGGAGAGGUCCUCUCGUACAUGAACAGCACCGUCACCUCCAAGGGCGCAAAUAAGCUCGGCAUCCAAUUCGGCGCCUACGCCACCGCUCUGUCUCUCUUCGGGCUUCUGGAUCUACCCAAGGCCAACUCCGACUUCACCGGCGUAAUCGACUACGCCUCCUCUCUCGUCUUCGAGCUCGUCACCAAUGCAGACGUCUCAUCCGGCUUCCCAUCCACCUCGGACCUCUCCGUCCGCUUCCUCUUCCACAAUGGCACCGCCUCCAACACCUCCCAACCCACCACCUACCCCCUGUUCGGCGGCUCCUCCGACACCGUCUCCUGGCCCGACUUCCAAUCCAAACUCGCCAACAUCGCCGUCACCAACAGCGAGCAGUGGUGCACAAAGUGCGGCAACUCCACCGGCACAUGCGCUGCGUACGCCAACAACAACGGCGACGGCGUAAGCUCCACCCAGCAGAAGAGCAGCCACAACGCCAUCUCGCCCGCCAUCGGCGGCGUCAUCGGCGCCAUGGUCACACUCGCUGUUGUUCUCGGUUCGCUUGCUGCGUUCAUGCUGCUCGGCGGCUUCAGACUCGUGAGCAAGAAGCACCUCGCGGGCGCUGCCGGCGCAGCGGCUGCUAGCGGCGACAAGGUCAGCACCGAGGCUUAG